CGAUGGCGCGGAAGCAGCCCCGAUUGCAGACGCCGCCGCAGCUCACUGGCUGGAAGCGCUGCCUGCCUGGCUGUGUGUGCUCUCUCUCUCUUUUCUCUCUCUCUCUCUCUCUUCUCCCUCUCCCCUGCCUGUGUCUCUGUUGUAGGACUGGCUAUGGCCACCACGACUUCCGGGUUCCGUCAUUUCAUUCUCCCGCCGCCGCCGCUCCGCGCUGCAAAACGGAGCCUCUUCCUCUCCUCUAAGCCAGCCAGCAGCCAACCUGCCAACACUUACUGACACUCACUCAUCUCCGAGGGAGAGGUGAAGAGGGAGACAAAAUACCUACCGGGAGGAGGAGGAGGAGGAAGAGGAGGAAGAGGAGGAGGAGGAGGAAGAGGAGGGGGGAGGAAGCACAGAGCAGGGGGAAAAACAACAACAACCACCAUCGGCACCGAGGAAGUCCACGUUUUGCAAACUAUUUCAUAUUUUUUCCCUCUCUCUCUCUCUCUUCGCGUCCUCCACCCCCCCUCCCCCCUCCCAGUAUAGUUAAAGGGAAAGAGGAGGGAGAGGAAGAAAGAAAAAACAAGACAAGAAAGCACAUCUCUCGCUUCUUUUUUCCCCCUUCCUGCGAGGCAAAACCCAAACGCGGAGUUCCUGAGAGGAGAAGAAGAAGAAGGAGCCGAGGUUCCAAAGAGGUUCCUCUCCCCCCCCCCUUCGCCUUCAUCCUCGUCCUCUUCCUCCUCCUCCUCAGCCAUCAUUCAUUCACUACCUUGACAUUCCAUGGCUUUGAUUGACAGCUGGAGUGGCAAAAAGCCAUGAGACACGACAGUUUGGUUACAUGUGGGUCGCUGACGGGCCGAUCGUAACCUUCAGUUUGGGGGCUUGACGGGUGUCCCCCCCCCGCUUUUUUAAUUAUUGUUGUUAUUAUUAUUAUUUUAAACCUCAAAGAAGAGAAGAAGAAAAAGAGACACAGAAAGGGGAAAGAGAAGAAGAAAGCGCGGGGGGAGAGAGAGGAAAAGAAGGAGAAGAAAUCACGACGUGGUUAUUUUAUAUUUUUUGCCUACUUUUUAUUGUCUUUGCUAUUAUCUUUAUGAUCCUUUUACGCGCCUCGGAGAAGUCUCCAAGCGGGUCGGAAAGGCAAGGGCGAAGGGGAUUCUUCUUCUCCUGCUUCUUCUCCUCCACUCAGACACUUUGGGUCGUCGUUGUUGUUGCUGCCCUUGCUGGACUGGGAUAUUAAAUAUAGGACACCUCCCGGAGUUGCUCGGCGCGCAGACUGAUGGCGCAAAGGUACGAUGAGCUGCCUCAUUACGGCGGGAUGGACGGAGUAGGGGUGCCUGCCUCCAUGUACGGAGACCCCCACGCCCCCAGGCCGAUCCCCCCCGUCCACCACUUGAACCACGGCCCGCCGCUCCACGCCAGCCAGCACUAUGGAGCCCACGCCCCGCACCCCAAUGUCAUGCCCGCCAGCAUGGGAUCCGCCGUCAACGACGCCCUGAAGCGGGACAAGGACGCGAUCUACGGGCACCCGCUCUUCCCGCUCCUGGCGCUGGUCUUCGAGAAGUGCGAGCUGGCGACCUGCACGCCCCGGGAGCCCGGCGUGGCCGGCGGAGACGUCUGCUCCUCGGACUCCUUCAACGAGGACAUCGCCGUCUUCGCCAAACAGGUUCGGGCGGAAAAGCCACUUUUUUCUUCAAACCCCGAGUUGGACAAUUUGAUGAUCCAAGCAAUACAAGUCUUAAGGUUUCACCUUUUGGAAUUAGAAAAGGUUCAUGAGUUGUGUGAUAAUUUCUGCCACCGGUACAUUAGCUGUUUGAAAGGCAAAAUGCCAAUAGACCUAGUUAUUGAUGAAAGAGAUGGCAGCUCCAAAUCAGACCACGAAGAACUCUCAGGAUCAUCCACAAAUUUAGCCGAUCAUAAUCCUUCCUCUUGGAGAGACCACGACGAUGCCACCUCAACGCACUCAGCAGGCACACCGGGGCCUUCCAGUGGGGGCCAUGCUUCUCAGAGUGGAGACAACAGCAGCGAGCAAGACUGCCAGCCAAAUGAACACUUUAGGAGGAGGUGUAUAAAUAUGUCUGCAGCACCCAGAGAGUUAAUCAACCCCAUUGUGCAUAGGUGUUGGAGCUCUUAUGGGGAUGGUUUAGACAACAGUGUAGCUUCUCCCGGAACAGGGGAUGAUGAUGACCCAGACAAAGAUAAAAAACGUCAGAAGAAAAGAGGAAUUUUCCCCAAAGUAGCAACAAAUAUCAUGAGGGCGUGGCUUUUCCAACAUCUCACACAUCCGUAUCCUUCAGAGGAGCAGAAGAAACAGUUAGCCCAAGAUACAGGACUUACAAUUCUACAAGUAAACAACUGGUUUAUUAAUGCCAGAAGAAGAAUAGUACAGCCUAUGAUUGACCAGUCAAAUCGAGCAGGUUUUCUUCUUGAUCCUUCAGUGAGCCAAGGAGCAGCAUAUAGUCCAGAGGGUCAGCCAAUGGGAAGCUUUGUAUUGGAUGGCCAGCAACACAUGGGAAUCCGACCUGCAGGUUUGCAAAGCAUACCAGGGGACUACAUAUCUCAGGGUGGUCCUAUGGGUAUGAGUAUGACACAGUCAAGUUACACUCCUCCCCAGAUGACCUCUCACCCUACUCAAUUAAGACAUGGACCCCCAAUCCAUUCAUAUUUGCCAAGUCACCCCCAUCACCCAGCCAUGAUGAUGCACGGAGGACCCCCUACCCAUCCUGGAAUGACCAUGUCAGCACAGAGCCCUGCCAUGUUAAAUUCUGUAGACCCCAGUGUCGGUGGACAGCUUAUGGACAUCCAUGCCCAAUAGUAUAAGGGAACUCAAGGAAAGAGAAAAAAAACUGUUUUAAGACUUUCGAACUUUGACCAGAUGUUGACACUUCACACACAAUUCCAGACAGCUGUGAUUAUUUUUUACUUUUAUCAUUUUUCAUCAACAACAGAGGACCAAUGGAAACAAGAACAUAAAUGUGAAAUCAUGGGCUCACUGAAAACAAUCUAUGUCCAUGUAAAGAUCCUCUGGGGGGGAAAGACUCCAAGAGUUAUAACUACUGUAGUAUAUUAAACAUAGGAACUAAGUUAACUUGUAUAUUUCUGUUGAUCACUCCGUUAUGUUGCCUCAAAUAGUUUUAGAAGGAGAAAAAUAUCCUUGUUUUCCACACUAUGUGUGUUGUUCCCAAAAGAAUGACUGUUUUGGUUCAGCAGUGAAGUCACGAUCCAUGAAAGACAGCGGUAUAUUUCAGACCUGUUUUGGCCAGUGAGAAAGGAACUACCCUGGAGAAGACGAUGAAGUCUUGCUGGGUCUCUCAUCACUCAGAAGACAAUUGGAAGAAGGCCUUGCCAUCCCCUGGUUUUGUUCCUUCAUAAAUGUGUCCUUUAGUUUCAAACAGAUCUUUAUAGUUUGUGCUUCAUAAGCCCAAGAUAUUUUUGGACUCUUUUUUUCAAAGAGCUUGCAGGUGAAGAUUUACAAAGACAAAGCAGGAACUUCUUCCAGUAGUUCUGAGCCUUGGCUUGGGACAGGACAAAUCUGAAGGUUGGGCAGCUUUCCUCAACAAAAGAAGAUAUUAAUGGUCUUUGCACCAAACCUAGAACUUUUAUCAUGAACUCAAAGCUUGGGAAAAAGCAAGAGAAUACUGUAACAAACUUCGUACAGAGUUCGGUCUAUUAAUUGUUUCAUGUUAGAUAUUCUAUGUGUUUACCUCAAUUGAAAAAAAAGAAUGUUUUUGCUAGUAUCAGAUCUGCUGUGGAAUUGGUAUUGUAUGUCCAUGAAUUCUUCCUUUCUCAGCACGUGUUCCUCACUAGAAAAAAAUGCUGUUACCUUUAAGCUUUGUCAAAAUUUACAUUAAAAUACUUGUAUGAGGACUGUGACGUUAUGUUUUAAAAAAAGGUGUUAAGUCACAAAAUGCGGUAAUAAAUAUUUCAUUUUUGA